UUCGAAACCUGUCCCAUAAAUUAUGAGACAGAAGGAAUACCUUAUAAGACUAUAACUUGAUAACUCAAAAAAAAAAAAACAGAAUUAAACCAUGGAUUACCUAACCAUUGUUGGAGUAGUAGUCCUUGCCUGGACUUUGAUCCAAAUCCUCUAUUUUGUUCAAGAAAUUAGAAGCAAAGGAUGUAACAACAAGAAACUUCCACCAGGUCCAGUCCCAUUACCCUUCAUAGGUAAUUUACAUAACUUACUAGGUGCACAACCCCACAAAUCCCUUGCAAAUCUUGGCCAAAAAUAUGGUCCAAUAUUCAGCCUUAGAUUGGGGAAAACAACCACAGUGGUGAUAUCUUCAUCAGUUGGUGUUAAAGAAAUCCUCCAAAAGCAAGAUUUAGCCUUUUCUAGAUCAGUACCAGAUGCAAUGUGUGCCCACAACCAUCACCAAUUCUCUGUUAUAUGGCUACCUAUGGAUAAUCGAUGGAGACGCCUCCGGAAAAUUUUGAAUACUUAUAUCUUUUCAGGGAAUAGGCUUGAUGCAAACCAGUACCUGAGGUCUAGGAAGAUCAAAGAGCUUAUUGCUUAUUGCCAUAAACAUAGCCAAACAGGGGAGUCUCUGGAUAUUGGCCAAGCAACUUUCUAUACCUCAUUGAGUUUACUUUCCAAUACCAUUUUCUCCAGGGAUUUUGCCGACCCCUAUGUGAAUUCAGGUAAAGAAUUUAGAGAAUUAGUCUGCAAAUUUAUGGAGGAAUUUGGUAAGCCCAACAUAGUAGAUUUCUUCCCUAUGCUAAAAAGGAUGGAUCCUCAAGGGAUUAGGCGACGCAUUAGCAUUCAUGCUGGGAAGUUGCUUAAGCUUUUUGAGGGGUUGAUUGAUGAACGAGUGGAGCAAAGGAAGAUGCAAACUAAUACUAGUAGCAAUGUCGACGUUCUUGAUGUCCUGCUCAAUGUUAGCCAAGAAGAUCCUGAGGCAAUUGAAAGAAAGGACAUAGAACAUAUGUUUCUGGACCUUUUUGUUGCGGGAACGGAAACAACUUCAAAUACAGUGGAAUGGGCAAUGUCAGAAGUCAUGAAAACCCCAGAAGUUAUGAAAAAAGUCCAAAUCGAGCUCGAAGAAGUUAUUGGCAAAGGCAAGUUAAUAGAAGAAAAACAUGUCCCACUCCUCCCUUAUUUGCAAUGCAUUGUGAAAGAAACCAUGCGAUUACACCCACCAGGACCCUUAUUCUUGCGUAGUGCCAAACAAGAUGUUGAAUUGUGUGACUAUUUCAUCCCAAAAGGCUCUCUAGUUUUAAUUCAUGUAUGGUUAAUGGGCCGCGACCCAACUAUUUGGGAGGAUCCAUUGGUAUUUAAGCCAGAAAGAUUUUGGGAUUCAGAAUUUGAGGUUAGGGGCCAUGAUUUCGAGUUAAUUCCAUUUGGUGGUGGACGAAGAAUAUGCCCUGGCCUACCUUUGGCAAUAAGGAUUGUUCCGGUUUUAUUGGGUUCGUUGUUGAAUUCAUUUGAUUGGAAGGUUGAAGGGGAGAUAGCACAAAAAGACUUGGACAUGGAAGGAAAAUUUGGUCUUACACUAGCCAAAUCUUGUCCUCUGCGUGUUGUACCUCUUCCACUUUAAGGAAUCAUUUGGUUGAGGAAUAAAUUAUCUCGGGUUAAUUAUUUUGAAAUAAGUUA